UGCUGGCAUAAUAUAGUCAUCCUGUCACACUGGGGGAGGUUGUACUUGUUGUGCCACCGCCUAGAAACAUCCCAGAUUUUUUUUGCUAGUCACAUCGCAAGAGGACACAAUGAAUACUGUAAAUACUUUUCUAUUAUUUCUCUUCUUUUUCUCUAAAGUCACAUGUGUUAAGGCAUCAUCCUGGACCAUUGAGAUGCCAUCUUCAGUGAAAGGACUUCUUGGAUCUUGUGUGGUGAUUCCCUGCUCAUUUGACUAUCCCAAUCUACACGAGGCCAUUAAGGAGUUUACUGGGAUUUGGUUGGAUCCAGGAAAUUACCCCAUCUAUCACCCCGAGGAGUCAAAGAUAAAUAACCUGUAUCAAGGUCGAACCGAGUUGGUGGGAGACGUCAGACAGAAGAACUGUUCGCUGAAGAUCGACCCGCUUCAAGAAAGCGACAAAGGGCCUUUUCAUUUCAGGAUUGAAAUGAAAGACGUCGAGAAUUUCUCGUACCGAGACAAGACUGCCUCCAUACAAAUGAUACAUACACCAAGUCCUGUCAAAUUAACUGUGAUGGAAGACAAGACUCACCGACACGUGAUUGCUUCCUGUUCUGUCACUCACUCAUGCCCCCCCUCUCCUCCUAUCAUCCUCUGGAGUCACUUCGGACGUCAACUUUAUCAGACACGACCCUUGAAGGACGGCCAAUGGGAAGCUACGUCCACGCUGACCUUAAAUCUUCCAGAUGCUAAUAACAACACACAUUUGCAGUGCCGUGUCAUGUUCAGCGGAGGGCAACAACUGGAGGCAUCCAGAAUCAUAAAUGUGGAAUACGCCCCUGUGAAUGUAGGCGUCUACUACUCCGCAAAUAUAAAGGAGGGUGACGCAGCACGUUUUGAGUGCAACUGUGAUGCCAACCCUCCCGCCAGCAGCUACGAGUGGCAUAACCAAGACGGUGCCGAGCUGUACAAGGGCAGAGUCUUCAUCCUAGCAAAUAUCUCCAGACACACAGGGGGCCUGUACUGCACGGCUAUCAACGCCAUUGGGAACAAAAAUUCAUCACCCGUGGAGCUUAAUGUGACGUAUCCACCUGAGAUUAAAAGCGUCUCAUCCUGCUCCUUCGAGGGGGAGAUGGUAAAGUGUGUGUGCAUUGCAGAAUCCAGACCCCCAAGCAGUGUCGAGUUCUUCCUGAAUGACACAAUCCUUUCAAGGCCUGACAUAGACCGGCAUGAUGCCCUUACCAUCGGCACUCUGCGAGCAUUUCUUCCAUCUUCUGACUUGAUCUACUGCGUGGCGAAGAACACGCUGGGCAGUGUCAGCGCCCCCAUCCCUUUACCUGCUCAAAGAAUGGAAGGCAAGAUGCUGUAUCUUUAUAUUAUUGUUGCAGCUGGAGUUGUUGUGAUGCUGGUGAUUCUGAUUCUCUUAGUAGUGCUGAUAAAAAAAUGUUCUGCCAGCAGGGAUAGCUCAAGAGUCCCGUCUGGCUCAGAGGAUCCCCGUAAACCUGGAGAGGCCCUUAAAAAUGUCGUAGCAGCAAGGAAAAACACCAAGGCUACCCAAGAUCAAGGCAUCAUGCACGACGAACAUAUCUAUGGCAACACGAGUGAGGUCGAGUGGACUAUAAACUGUGAUCCAAUUUACGGCAAUGUGUAAAGAGGACCUACAGGUUCUCUAUUUGUGUUGUUGUGUGUUUCUACACAGUACUGUUUAAAAUUUAUAGUUUUAUGUUUUUUUUAUGUCAUAUUUGAGAAUAAAUUUAGAAUUGUUGCACCUUGCACAAUCACGCAAAGGAGUAUUUGAGCUGAAAAUAUAUUGUCAAAUAAAUGUCUCAACGUUUA